CAAUGAAUGCAUUCUACUUUGCACCCAAAUUGGUAAAGUGUGGUUGAAUUACUCAAGUCGUGCAACAAAACAUUUAAAUUCAUUUAAAUUUUUAAGUGGAAAUAAAAUUUGGGUUGACAGUAUUUAAUGGGCAGUUUAAGUUGAGUGACACACUAUUGUCACUGUAGCUUGUGGACUGGAUGGGCAGCUGCGGGGGCACCAGUUCGCCUCUUGCAGACUCCCCCCAAGCCAAGCCAAGACAGUUGCACUGAACGGACUGAGCGACUGCACUGAUUGCGCUCCAUGGGAAACUGAGAAGACACCGUCUACCUCAAAUCAUCAACACGUCAUAUAAUGUUUCAGCGUAGGCCCCUCCCCCUGUCUCCUUUCCCCCUUCGCUCAACCUCUCCUUUGACUCUUGGACAGAGGCGGCACAACAGUGGUGCACGGACCGCGGAGGAGACAGGCAGAAGAUGGCUGACUUAGCCCGGCACGGCCAGCCCUCGGCGGCAUCAGCAGCUUCAAACGGGUCGCUCAGAAGCUCCAAGACAUCCGCCGUCUGGCGAGUGUAAAAGCGCUGCCUCUCGUCCCUGCUCCUUGCAUCCACCCCCCUCCCCCCAGCCCCCGCCGCCACCGCAAAUAUUGACAGAAGUAUCAGCGAGAAAACAUGGCAGAGAUGGAAAAAGAGGGCAGACCUCCGGAAAAUAAAAGAAGCCGAAAACCAGCUCACCCGGUGAAAAGGGAGAUUAAUGAAGAGAUGAAGAGCUUUGCAGAGAACACCAUGAAUGAACUGCUGGGGUGGUAUGGCUACGACAAGGUGGAGCUGAGAGAUUCGGACAACUUGGAUAUAGGCGAAACGCCACAGCACAUCUCUGUCCUUAAAGAAAACUUGUUGCCAAAAAUUCCAACUUCAAGACGGAGCAACGAUGUGUCUCCGGAUUUAGCCAACAGCUCUCAGUGUCUGCCAAACUCCAGAAACGGAGUCUCAGAACACCCCACCACGCCAUCCACCUCGACAACCAGCACCAAGGAACAUGGCAACCAGCCCGUCGCUGUCCCAGUGUUACCCCCGCCACUGAUCAAGCCACCAAAAGAUGAAGAUGCAACCAGCGUACAGAUCAUGUGCGCCUGGUGCCAGAAAAUCGGUGUCAAACGCUACUCUCUGAGCAUGGGGAGUGAGCUGAAGAGUUUCUGCAGCGAGAAGUGCUUUGCUGCCUGCCGCAGAGCCUAUUUCAAGAGGAACAAGCUGGGAUAUUUAAGGAGUUACACUGCGAGAGACGACGAUGGCCUCGGUGGGAAAUUACUCCAGCACAGCUUUACUCAGGACACGCCCAGGCUUGUCUUCAAGACAAACAGCGAUGUGCUUGUAUGUGACUGGUGCAAGCAUAUACGCCACACUAAAGAGUAUCUCGACUUUGGGGCUGGUGAACGACGGCUGCAGUUCUGCAGUGCCAAAUGCCUGAACCAAUAUAAGAUGGACAUUUUUUAUAAGGAAACACAAGCAGCACUGCCUGGAGCUCUCUGUAACCCCGGACAUGGGGUUGGAGGCGAGGGUAAGGCAGAGUGCAUUGGUGGUGUACAGCUGCUCACCCCUGAAUCCUGGGGAACACCAAUACCGGACAUUCGCCGUAAAGCUCCCUCACCUGGAGGCCCCCCCAACUCUUCAGCUCCUUGUACUUCAUCUGUCACAUCGUCCUCAGAUGUUCUUUGUUCUCCAUCCUCCUCUUCGUCCUCUGCCAAGAUCCCCACACCUCGACCCCAUGAGAGCCCGACACUCCCACCCCCUCCCAUACCCACUUUGCAUCCAGCGGUUGGGGUUCCUCCAGGGAGUCCUCCAAUGGUGAUGACUCCCCGUGGGCCAAUGCCUUUGCCUCUCUUUAUGGAACAUCAAAUGAUGCAGCAGAUCCGUCCGUCAUUUCUUCGUCCAUCUGUCCAUCCAGGCGGACCCAACAGUCCCCUGUCAAACCCUGUCAUCCCUGGUAUAGGUCCCCCACCUCCUCCCAGGACUCUUGGUCCUGCUUCUAGCCCCAUGCACAGACCUAUGAUCUCCCCUCAUGUCCAUCCUUCAUCCAAUCCCAAUGCUGGCAUCAUCCCUCCCCACCCUGGUCUCCACAUGCCGGGAUUUCCCCCUUUCCCCUCAGUCAACAUAAUGCCCAAUGGACCCAUUCCUUUGCCACCAAUGAUGAAUUAUGGCAUGCCAUCCUUAGCCCCAUUAGUACCACCACCAACCCUUUUAGUCCCUUAUCCUGUCAUUGUACCCCUUCCAGUCCCAAUUCCCAUUCCAAUUCCAAUCCCUUUCAACCCAAAAUAUUCCAGCACCCAACCAGAAAAUGGUGACCCUCUCUCUAGUGCACCUUUGUCUUCAGAUGUUUCAGCAUCUGGGCUAUCAAAGUCUCCAGGAUCAUCAGGAGGUGAGAAAGGGAAGCAAAGAGAAGAUCCUGAUGGUGUAGAGUGUCUUUCUCCUGGAUGCUCAGAUCGAAACAGGUCGUCAGUGAUGAACAUGACUGUGAAGGAAGAGGAUAAUAUGAGAAACUUAUGCUCAACUGUUGACACUGGACAGCUGGAAGGAGUUAUUGAUCUAACUAUAAGCCAGACACCAUGCCAACAGAACGUCAUUCAGAGGAUUCUGCCUAAGGUUCAUGUCAAAGUAGAGGCAGAGGUUGAGUCAAGAUCUUCAUUGGAUGUUGGGCUUGAACAGGAAGUCAAUGGCUGUCACGAUCUUCUGGAAAGGGCCGCAUUACAGCAACCCCCCAGUAAUACUGAGCUGCUUGCAGCCAACGCAUUUGAAACACUGGAAACAUCAAAUUCACCAUCCAGCAAAAAUAGCUCUUUUUUUAUCGCUACUAGUGAAACCGACAUUACCCUAUCACCUGCUCCCAGCACGCCAAGCACCCAACCCCAACCUCUCCCACAUAUUCAAACUAACCCUGCUGUCUCAUGUAAUGUCAUUGUCAAUGGUACAGCGUGGCAUUCACUUCAUACUCCUAAUUUAAAAUUGGACAGAUCAGGAGAUGGCUUGACAUCAGAGGAAAAAGUAGGGGAGCACCCAGCAAAUGGUGAGUUGGAACAGGAAGCCCUAAAAGAGAACAAUUGUUCCGUGAGAGAAUGGGAAUCUGGUAAGCGCGGCUCAGUGCAAGACCAGAUGGUAGAGGCCAGAGAGAGUAAGCCAGACCCUGACUCCAACUCGGAGGAGGGUGAACAUGCUUACACCCUGCCACUGCUAUCAACUGGGGGUUGUGUGGUUAUCCAGCCUGUGCCAAAGCCUGGCACUGAGAAGACAGCCAUCCUUUCCUGUUCCAUCAGUGCACCACUAUCAGCUGCUGGAAGCCCUGAGCUGGAGCCCCCAAUGAAGAGGAGGUGUCUGCGAAUCCGCAAUCAAAACAAAUAAGAUGGAUACUCCAAGGACCGUCGUGCCAUCCAUGCCACAACCCCCACUGCAUACACACUCACAAAGGUGUCCUUGUCAUCAUCCAGUCUACCAGCAUCGCAACUCGCCUUUGACUCCUUCAAGUCAAUAAAAUCUGCAUGUCAUCGAAAAGAUGACAGCACUCUCUUGGUCCAUGUAACUGAUGCUAUCAUGGAAAGUCUUGAGGAAGCUGUCAAUGGGACCACCUGACAGCAAAUCUCAAUGCACAACGGGCCCAAGAACACUAACUUAUCAAUAGUCCCUGUUGAUUCAGGUGUUCUCUCCAUUGUCUAUUAUCUGUAGAGUGCACCAUGGUGUGUGUGUGUGUGAAGCUGUUUGGGAUGUUUGUGAAGGGGGUCAUUAUUUUAUACAGCACUGCACUGUGGUCCAGUUGGAGACACACAAGACAUAUGAAAUCAUGGCUGCGGUGUGUUACUGUAGCUUCACCCAUUUCCAAAAACAGAAUUGUUGCCCUCUCUCUUAGGCCUUAUUAUGACAACCAGAAAAGUGCACUUGGCAACACAACACUAUGCUUUCUGAUUUUGAUGCGAGUAGCCGCAAACAUCAACAACAUCGUGAUUGCAUGCUGACUAAUGAGUCUACCUGAAUAUUAACUCAGCAAAUACUACAUCAUGAUGUUGUGCAACCUCUGCUUUUAUCGGUUGCCUUUCAUUUCUUUUGUUUGAAACAUCACAGAAUUCAGUGAAUUACUACAGACCCCUGCUGUUUGAGAGCUGUGAAAGCAUGACAGCCUGUAAUGGGGAAAUGACACCGCAAGCUCUUUUUU